AUGGACGAACCACAGGAACUGGAGCUGCCCGACGCGGAUGCCAAGGAUGAUGGUGCCUUCGAAGCACUGGUGGUCGUGAAUCACCACUGGCUUGGUCGCUACGCUCGACUGCACCCGAGCUUCAGCGUGGAGCCGUCGCUACUGGAGCACAAUAGUCUCUGGAUGAACGCCUACUUCCAGAAAAUCCGCAUGGUCACAUCAGCUGCAUCUCCACAGGCCAAGAACCUCAUCAAAAAGCAUCGAGAGACGGUCAUGGAACGACUACGCUCGGCCCCGUUGCCGCACUCCGAGUCUCCUUUCUCCACGUGCGUUGUGGACCCUAUGGCCGCCCUUAUGUUUGCCUCCUCCAUCGGUCGAUGUCCGCACGACAACUUGGAGGAUCUGUUGGCUGAGGCCUGGGAACUGCUCCAAUGUGCGUCGGUUCGAGCACACGCCCUCCAGUCAGGCUUUGCGAGCUGCGUCUUCCGAUUCUUGACGCUCUUUACGGAAUCACAGAAGCGAAUUCCGUGCUUACGACUACUAGUGCUGCUCGCUGAAGAGGACAGCUCUGCUGUUGUGAAAGCGUGCAAAGUUGCUGCCCAGGGACAGUUUUGGCAGCCCAACAUGUUUGUGUUAUCUCUGCAAAAACGGCACCAAGACAACUCGACACUGUGUGAACUGGCCGCGAGAUUACUGGCGUAUUUUUCAGACGAAAUGCCCAUUCAACCGUCGAUUGUUAUGGAUCAGUCAUUUGAUUCAGAGGAGACCGGUCCAUGUAGAGUUCCCACGGCUCACACGUCCCCAUUGCGAUCAGACAAUGGAAUCGCUCUUCCGCUUUUGACAAAUGGCCAUCAUCGACCGCUCUUUUCACCGACAACAAUGUCCAAGUUGUACCAAGAAUCACCAUCUCCAUACAACCCACACAUGAAGCUACCGUUGACGCGCCCACCUACUUCACCGGCUGAACAGAUCCGACGCGCACAGAUUUUCAGUAUGCCUAAACUUGCGGCCGUAGAAGGACAGAGACAGUAUCGCUGCAACACUCCUAAUGCCCCACAGUCUCGGAUUGAGCGAAGUAUGAACGUCGAGCCCAGUCGGACACUUGACCCAGUAUUCUGUUCACCCCCUCAAAGCCCCAAUGGUUGCAGUCCAACUAAGCCUAGAGUUACCGUCUCUGAGAAAUACUCGUGGAAUCCUGAGUGUAUCAAUUCAGUGAGUGGAUUCGAGUGGUGGUGGCGGUCACUGCCUCAGAAUCACGCAAGCCUAGAGCCAACUCAAAAGCUGAAAAUGGUCACAAAGGCUGCUGUGCGUUUACAUUCGAAAGGAGACCUACAACACGCUAUCGAGUUGUAUCUGCUGGCAUUAUCAUCAGAGACCAACGACGAAGUGAAGUUCAGGUUGCGUAUCAAUCUGGCUUGUGCGUACGAAGCAACUAACGAUCUAUCAGCGAGUGUAGAGGAAUUCCGUCAUGCAUUGGAGCUGAACCCCAAUGACCCUUACGCGAUUUAUAAACUUGGAAGUGUCUUGGCCUCGGUGGGUGAAUUUGAAGAAGCUCGAAGGCGUUUUGAGUCGAUUCUCGACGAGUAUCCUCAAGCUGUAGAUGGGUUGAAAAUUCUUGACAAAGCAGUAGAGACUCACAAACAAGUAGAAGAGGUCAGAAAAGCUGCAAUUGAAGCCGCGAAGACACGCCGCUCGCCAUUGAAGGUCAUAUCUCCAAGAAUUAACUUUUCAACUCCGAGAGAACCGAUUGCUCCCUUAGCGCCAGUUGCUCAAUCACCAGCUCCUCGAAGGAAGAAAAAUCCAGCACCAAUGCGAGAGUCCCCACCUUGUAGCACUGAAGCAAGGGAAAAGAACGAACGCGUUGCGAGGCCUACAAUCGAUACCUCACCUAAACCAGAGACGAUUACAGUUGCUACAGCGACAGACACUCCAAGUCUGCUGGAAAUACUGGUACGGCGCUGUCAAGAGGCUCAUAUCGACAUGAAGGAAGUUCUAAAACAAUUAGAUCCUCAGGCCCGGAGUUUGGUUCACAAGGAGAGUGUCACAAACCUUAUUCGGGUUAUCACUGGUAUCGACGUGAGCAGUGAGGAUCAAUUGGCUUUAGGAAUAUCAGCAGACGACUGGGUGACCCAAGAGAGCCAAGAUUUCCUGCAGUAUAGAGGAUUUCUGAACGCUUACAUUAAACAACAUAAAGUUGAAGCAGAACUUCUGGUUUCAGGCGACAUUGGACGAGUAAAACGCUUGAUUGAUGAUCUCAUUCGGAACGACGUGGCCAACUUUUCAAGUCACAAUGUUUCUGGGUGGGUGCGGUCGGGAAGCGAGAGAGCUGCUGCAGAAUUACACCGGAACUCUUCUUCGUUAACGACUCUAGAAUGGAGUUCCAAUGAAGGUGAAAUUACUGCAACAGAUACAGCUCCGAAACAGUCCGAGUUGGGAAAUUGUACGGAGGGUACGCAGAGUGCACCCGACCUGCACGCCAGCGAAGAGGAUUUGUUCACUCCUCGUACAUGCGCUAGGAAGGAUCGAGCACGGGAGGAGUGGCUCUUAACUGCAGAAAAGGCUCGAGUCCUCGCUAGAAGACAACAGCGGUGCAUGAAAUCUCUCCGGGAUAUCGCUGCUCGAGCAAAGGCACAUAUUGCGUCGCGUCGGAAUGCCGUGGCAUAUCUUCGUUUGGUUGCUCAGAACGCACAGGACGAAAUGAAGAUGCGGAAAUUACGGUGUGUGAUGGCACAAGAAGAGGCUGCAGAAUUGUACAAAGACCACAACGAUGAAGCGCAAUCGAAAGAUUCCACAGAGCUUAUGCCGGGGUCUAAUGACGCAAAUGAAGGAGUUCAUCGGAAAACCGUUAAAGAACUCUCAGAGGAAACUUAUCAUGCCUCUGUACGAACAGCUAUGGCUCGAGUGUGUCAGAAUGCCCAACUUGAAGAUUUAAGGACCGUAGUUUCUCGCUUUGCAGCCUUCUGUCAAGUGCCCUCCUUCUUCUCGGAUAUCCAAGCACGCAUCCCAGAUGGAAGAGGACAGCCAGAACUUGCUGAAGCUGCAACGACGGCGCGACAAAACGAAUAG